AUGCGAAAUCGUAAAUCCUAUGGAUUCUUUCUAAUAUCUCUAAUCCUCUUCUCUCUCAUCCCUUCUAUUGAAUCCCGUCGUGGUGGUGGAGGUGGAAUCGGAGGAUCCCGUGGUGGAGGAUCCCGUGGAUCCUCCGGCGGAUUCGGAAGUCGUGGGUCUUCUGGAGCACGGACGUCGUCUGGUGGAGGAUGGUUUGGUGGAGGAUCAAAGACAAAUUCCGGCGCCGAAAGAAAUGAUUAUUCGAGAGGGCCGAAUUUAGGGAAUACCAGGCAACAGGCUAGUGGUGGUGUAUGGAAUAGUGGAGUAAGUUCCGGAAAUUGGAACAAUAAUCGAGCCGGAACUGGAAUGAGUUCUGGAAGAUGGUCCACGUCUGGCGUUGGAUCCCAUUCUCGUGGAAACACCUUCAAAAAUAUGAUCGUCGGAGCGGCUGCCGGUUAUUUGACCUACCAGGCUGGAAAAGCCAUUAUUAGAGCUGCAGCUGGACCCAUGAUACGGUCCGUCUUCGAGGCGCAAAUCGUUGCAGACGGACCGUCGGCGGCGCGCGAUUCGACUGCCGACUGUUCGCUUUUCGGCACUCCGCGCCCGCCAGACGGCCCGUUUUUCGGCAGUCCCCUCUCUACCUGUGCUUGCGCUAUGAAUGCAGCUAAAGGGUAA